CCUGAUGGCGGCGGCUAUGGCGGCGGCGCUGCGGGGACCUGGCGCGCGCUUCCGGUGGCGGCAGCUGGCGUCGGCGGGCGGGGCCCGGGGCGCGGCGCGGGGCGCAGCAGGGCAGUGGGACUAUGACCUCCUGGUCAUUGGUGGAGGAUCUGGUGGCCUGGCUUGUGCCAAGGAAGCUGCUCAGCUGGGACGGAAGGUGGCUGUGGUGGACUAUGUGGAACCUUCUCCCCGAGGCACCAGGUGGGGCCUCGGUGGCACCUGUGUCAAUGUGGGCUGCAUCCCCAAGAAACUGAUGCACCAGGCGGCACUGCUGGGGGGCAUGAUCCAGGAUGCCCGGCACUAUGGCUGGGAGGUGGCCCAGCCCAUCUCCCACAACUGGAGGAAGAUGGCGGAAGCUGUUCAAAACCAUGUGAAAUCCCUGAACUGGGGGCACCGAGUCCAGCUGCAGGACAGAAAAGUCAAGUACUUUAACAUCAAAGCCAGCUUUGUCAAUGAGCACACAGUUUGUGGCAUCACCAAAGAUGGGAAAGAGACUCUGCUUUCAGCUGACAACAUCGUCAUCGCCACUGGAGGGCGGCCACGGUACCCCACGCACAUCGAAGGUGCCCUGGAAUAUGGAAUUACAAGUGAUGACAUCUUCUGGUUGAAGGAAUCCCCUGGAAAAACGUUGGUGGUCGGGGCCAGCUAUGUGGCCCUAGAGUGUGCUGGCUUCCUCACUGGGAUCGGGCUGGACACCACUGUCAUGAUGCGCAGUAUCCCCCUCCGUGGCUUCGACCAGCAAAUGUCUGCUCUGGUCACAGAGCACAUGAUGUCCCACGGCACCCGGUUCCUGAGAGGCCGCACCGCCACCCGGGUCAGGAGGCUCCCGGCCGGCCGGCUCCAGGUCACCUGGGAAGACUGCGUCUCUGGCAGAGAGGACACAGACACCUUUGACACCAUCCUGUGGGCCAUCGGUCGAGUUCCAGAAACCAAAAGUUUGAAUUUGGAGAAGUCUGGGGUGAAAACCAGCCCCAUUAGUCAGAAGAUCCUGGUGGACUCUCAGGAUGCCACCUCUGUCCCCCACAUCUAUGCCAUAGGUGACGUGGCAGAGGGGCGGCCUGAGCUGACACCCACGGCCAUCAUGGCUGGGAAGUUCCUGGCCCAGCGGAUCUUCGGCCAGUCCUUGACUCUGAUGGAUUACGACAGUGUUCCCACCACUGUCUUCACUCCGCUGGAGUACGGCUGCAUGGGGCUGUCUGAGGAGGAGGCUGUGGCACGCCACGGGCAGGAGCAUGUCGAGGUUUAUCAUGCCUACUACAAACCACUGGAGUUCAUGGUGCCCGGGCGGGAUGCGUCCCAGUGUUACAUCAAGAUGGUGUGCCUGAGGGAGCCCCCACAGCUGGUGCUGGGCCUGCACUUCCUCGGCCCCAAUGCAGGUGAAGUUACUCAAGGAUUUGCUCUGGGGAUCCGGUGCGGCGCCUCCUAUGCACAGGUAAUGCGCACAGUGGGUAUCCACCCCACCUGCUCCGAGGAGGUAGUCCGGCUGCGCAUCUCCAAGCGCUCAGGCCUGGACCCCACAGUGACGGGCUGCUGAGGAUAGGCCGCCAUCCCUGCCUCACCAAGGGUACACAGCAUGCUCCACACCACCAGGUUCCUCAUCCCUGCGUCCAGGACUGCUGAGGCCAGGCCUGUGAGAUGGUCAGCGUGGUGCCCAAGUGUCUGGAUGGACAGCCUGUAUGCCCUGCAGGGACAGUUUGAGGGGCUGCGUGCCCCCACACCCACACCGCUCACCACCACCCCCCACCUGGGCCAGCACCCCCAGGCUCCUGAUGCCAGAUAAUGACGCCCUGGACAGAAACCCACCCAAUGGGCUGCCCAUGUCCGAGUUCCCCUGGUAUCUCUGGAGUAUAAAUAAAGAGGGUGUUUUCUAAA